CUACUCCAUCUUCAUCUACUACUCCGUACAUGCAUGCCGGUCCUGAGCAAAGCACAGUUGACAACCAGUCGAUGAUUGGCAGUCUUGUUUCAAAUUGCGGCACGGGUUGGGCUCGCUUGAUCUGGUUCAGCUGUUCUUUCUGGCUGUGUUCCCACCCAGUCCCCAUCUUUGCCUUCGUCUACCCCGGAUCCUGUCCCGUCAGUUCCGCAGUUCACCACCAGCUCAUCUCUCAUCAUCUCCUGACUAUAUUGUUCCCCUUCCCCGCCCCCCGGCCUUCUACUUGUGACAACUGCUUUAUUUGACGGGUAGGACCUCUGGAAUUCAUUGAGCGGACUCUUGUUGUGGUCGGAGGUGACUGGCAUGUCCUGAACCCCUCACCGCUCACUCUCCACGGACAGAGUUGUCAGACAGUCCACUUUCAACCAAAAACCGCCACCAUGGCGGGACCCAGCAGCUUGAAUCUAAGCUCUCGCGUCAGCUCCGAUCUCGAUGGUAUCUCAGAUGAAGAGGAGGAAUUUGUCUCGAGUGCCAGCACAACCUCCAGCGCGUAUGAGUCUCAGAUGAAGGAAUCUGUGAAUGCGGGGAAUGCGAGUCCCCAGCAGCCGCAAGCUGCUGGCGCGUCUCCGGAAAACAACACCAAUAACAAUAACCACAACAACCCGCACAAAACUGGGGGAGCGAAGACGGCAGUGACCUGCUGUGCUAGUCCCCAUGCAGCUUCCAAUCCGUCGGAAAGGAAGCCUUUGAACCUGCUUGACUUGCCCAUGGAUAUACUGCAGGAGAUCAUGAAAGAGGUGACCCACACGACCGAUCUCACAUCCCUUGCAUUGACCUGCUCUGCGCUUCAUUCGCUGGCGAUUCCGCAGAUGUACUCCCGGUUCGACAUCGUCUGGCCGGAAGCCCUCUCAACCUCCGACCAUCCGGCUGGCGUGGAUGCUCUGUCGUACGGGUUGGCGACUCUCGUGACCGGGGAGGAUAUAUUCCGCGAGGUGCCUGGCCGACGGUCGUCACAGCCGUGUCCACAUUGCGGGUGCAGCGGAGCGCCGCCCAGUCAGCAUGCGGCGGGCGCACUACCGCGAGUCCGCCGCGGCAACUACUACGCGCAGUAUACCCGCAAGUUCUCUGUCGGCAACGGGCCGUUGAUGUGGGUGCAGGAAUACGCGGUGACCAAGGAGACGGGCAAGAUGCUGGGGACGCUGGUAGCUCUGGCGGUGGCUCGGAUGGUGAACCUGGAGACCUUCGUCUGGGACAUGCCCACGGGAGUCUUGCGGGAUGUCUGGGUUGCGCUGGCGUCGCUGGCGACUCGCCCGGGCCACGAAUGUCGUCUGGAACGCGUUUGGGUGCGCUGGCACGAUAACUCCGACAAUGCCCUGCGGUCUCUGGUAGCCUCAGGCCCGACUGCGUCCUCGGUGACCUUGCCUCAUUCGCCGGCUACGGUUCUGGGAUCUACAGGGAAUACAGCAUCGUGGCAACGAUACGGACACGUCGAAUACCCCUCUCUGUCGAUCCUUCCACCAUUGAAGAGUCUGAGCGUGUUGGACAUCGACGAGCCGUCGUAUUUGGAAGAGAUGGGCGUGUUGGUCAAGCGAUCGCGCGGUCGGCUGAAAGAACUCCGUAUUGGGAUUUCUUCCAAAGCGUAUCCAGCGGCAUGGCUGAAACCGGCAGGGAGCUGGCAAGCUGAGCAGCCAACGCCGCCGAACGGAAUCGUUGGCUGGCCCCGAUCUGGGGGCGUACUGGGGGUCGUCCUUGGCAGGUCUGAAGAUCAUCACACUCGGCCCGAAUCACAGGCCCGUGUCUCUCCCACCAAGGAGGAUUCUGUUGAGACGCCUCCUCCUGAAACUAGUCAGACUGCGGGUGACGUGCCUGUCCACGACGGGCCCCCGUUGACAGCGGGUUCUCCGCCCCAACCGAGCGGUGGUGUCACUGGGCUGGCCCUAAAUAUGGAACACACGCACAUCGCCAGCCCGCCCGCGUCCUCCCCUCCAGAAACUAGACCCUCGCCGAUCCCCAGCGGGCCAUCGGGGUCUGUCACGGGGGCACAAACGACGCCCGAAGACGAUCGCCCGCUGUUACAACUUGAGACACUCGAGCUAGAGCGCGUUGCACUGUCGAUCCCGGUGGCAGUGCAUGCGCUCGACUGGAGCAAGCUGACCACGUUGACGAUCCUUCGAUGCGAGAAUCACGAGAAGCUCUGGCGGGCUCUGCGGCGCCAGUACUCCCCGUCGCCGUCACGGCCGAAGAGUGGGGAGGCUCCAGAAUACACCCUCCGACUCAAGCACCUCCAUACGGAUGCCGUAUCGCCGUACCUGCUGCUGUUCAUCAAGGAUACGCUAGCGCCAAAUACCUUGGAGACCCUCUUCCUGCACGAGGCGCCGAUGUCCGAGUCGAUCGUCAACAUCGACGCGAUCUACAAAAACGCGAUUCGUAAUCACCACCUGAGUCUGCAGAAGAUCCUGGUGGACAGCACCCAGCGCACGCCGGGGGGCGCGGAGAUGGCUAGCGUGCGAUGGUACAAGUGGAUGUUCACACGCCAGAUGAUUACGUUCAUGAGCAGUGGUCGAAUGCCUCGGCUGAAGGAGCUGUCCAUUGCUCUUCACGCUAAGGACUGGCACUACUUCAUCCAGAGGCUCCCGUACAUGCCCCAGCUCCGUGCCCUGCACAUCCCGCACAUCGCCCGCCACGUCCACCGCGACCCGAAGGAACUGGCCAUGCUCAUUCUCGACGUGGUCACGAUCCGGCCGGAGAUCGAGCUGACCUACGUCGGGGUCCAGGACAAAUGCUACGAGAUCUUGGAGGGGAAGGACGGCGAGGCCGGCGGCGAGUACUACGACACGGACGACAGCCACAGCGAGGGGUUCGUGCCCGGCGGGGAGGACUGGCCGGGCUCCGAGACCAACGACGAGGAGGAGUCGGACGAGGACGGCGGGGCCAGCGCGAUCCAUACGCUGUCGGACUCGUCGUCGGACGACCGGGGCUCGUCGGACGGCGAGGAUUCGGAGGUGGACUUCAACCGGUCGCGGGUGUCGUUCCGACUGCGGGAGAUUUUGUUCUACGAUGAUAAGAUCGCGAUUUACAAGGCACGACACGGGGUGUUGUGAUUUUUGGGGUGGGUGGACAGAGGCG